AUGCCGGAGGUUUCUAUUGAAGAUAAUCCUAAAAAAGCUACCAGUUAUGACUCAAUUGAGGUGCAAGAAGUUGAAGAACCCCAAGAAAACAUAUGGAAUAGGAAAAGCAUCUAUCGUUCAUGGUUGUUACUAUGCUACUCAACUGGGCCAGUUGCAUCUAUGACCAGGACAUACGUUCCAGCAGUUAUCCAGUCGAUUGGUAACAGAAUAGGACAUUCUAGGAACGGGGGACCAUGUUCUCGUCGAGGAACUGAUUGUUAUGUCCGCUUCGGUGGUGGUCAAGUAAAUAGUACAUCAUAUGUAUUAUAUGUGAGAGCUAUAACUACUGCUAUUGAAGGGGUGGUUACACUUUUCCUAAUGGGAAUAGCUGAUUAUUCCAACUAUAGGAAGAUAUUCUUGAUUGGAUCUAUAUUAUUGUAUGGAGCAUUUGCUUUACCAUUCGCAGGCAUGACAGGUAAUAACUAUCCUACAUUGAAAGCCGUGACAACACUUUAUAUAUUAUUAGGAAUUGACGACUCAAUUUAUCAAAUUAUUGAAGGCUCUUAUAUUCCCAAUUUCAUGAGGGCUGCAAAUACACCGAAAGGCACAGUUGCUGAAGAAGUCAGAAAAGAUAUGAUUUUGAAGAGAGGUUCUGUGGUAUCGGUUAUGGGUUUGUUUUUGGGAAACCUUGGUGGGUUAACUGCUUUGUUAAUAGGUAUCAUAAUUAGUUAUGGAAGAGGUGGUCCGAUGACAGAUGGAUAUCAUAACUUCUUGUUGGCUAUUACUAUUGCUGGUUGUAUGACUAUGGUAUUUGCGUUGAUUUCAGCUUGGUUUAUUCCAAACGAAAAGGGCAAAGAGAAACCUAAAGGUGAAAUCCUAUUACUUCUUUCAGUUAAAAGGUUCAUUAAGUUGUUAAAGGAAAUCAGAAGAUAUCCUAAUGCUUUCAAAUAUUGUAUUGCAUGGGUUAUCUGGAAUGUUAGUUUUUCCAACUUCAUGAGUUUGUUUGUCCUUUUGUUUAGAAGUACAUUGGGACUUGGAAGUUCAGAUGGAGAGUAUACAGUUUAUACUUUCAUGUCAUAUCUUACUGCUUCCAUGGGAUCAAUAGCUUGGAUGUUUCUUUACCCAAGAGCUGGAAUCAAAAUCAAGUCUUGGGGAUAUGGUUUCUUGCUUUUCUCCCUUUUCACCAACUUCUGGGGAUGCUUAGGUAUAAGUUCAACUACAGCGGUUGGAUUUAAGAACAGGUGGGAAUUCUGGGUCUUUGAAGUUUUUUAUUCAGCCUCGAGUUCAGCUUUGAGAAGUUUGAACAGAUGUGUCUAUUCAACAUUAUUACCUGAAGGUGACGAAGCACAGUACUUUGGUUUGGAAAUUAUGUUAGGUAUUGCAACCGGCUGGGUUGGUGGAUUGGUGAAUGCAACUAUUCAAGAUAGAACUGGUAAUGCAGCUAUGCCAUUCUUGCCAAAUACGUUUUUGGUUGCAAUUUCUAUAUGUUUGUAUUUUACGGUUGAUUUUGAGCAGGGAAUGAAAGAUGCCGAAAAAAUGGUUGAAGAAUCUGAAGAACCUUGCUCUAUUGAUAAUGCAUCUCAAGCAAAAUGA